AUGUUCAGGUCUGCGACCUUUUUUUUGUGCGUAUUUCUUGCACUGGAUCUCCAUGGAUCCUUGACAGGAGCACAGGAUGGGAGGCGCUACGGGUGUCUAUUAACAUACCCUUCAAAUCAGGGUAGGGCAUUCUGCGUUUCUGCACUGCAACCAGUGAUCGAUCACAUUACCAAGGAAAAACAGGAGUCAAAUAUCUGCGAAGUGAAAUUUAAUGAAACCUUAGUGCAAUUAGAUCAGAUAAAACGCCAGUUGAGUGCGACACAGACUCAAUUGGAAAAUCAACAGACAUCCUUUGAGGAAAAUUUGAAGAAUCUUAUUCCGCAGGACCUCGAUGAGAGGUUGAACAGGAUAGAAAGCAAACAGACAGCCCUAUCAAAUCAACUAACGGCUGCAGAAGAAAAAACGGACAACCAAUUAACAACUAUGCAGAAAGCACUAUCCAAAAUGGACAGAAAUAUCGUGCUACAGAAUUUUGAACGGAUAGGCACGAGGCUCUUCUACAUUGAACACAAAUUAAAAGUGAAUUGGAGGACUGCCGAAAAAAUCUGUAUGGAGAUUGGCGGCCAUCUAGCAGCUUUCGAAAAUAAUCAGGAGUAUAACGCUAUUACUGCCAAACUCUCUAAAUCAAACUACUGGUUGGGCAUCAACGAUCUAGAUAGACAGGGCACAUUUAUAUCCUUGGCCUCCGGAAAACGAGCUCCAUAUUUGUGGUGGCGUUCAGAUGAACCCAAGUACAACGAUAGCACUCAACACUGCGCUUACAUAUAUGACGGCCGAAUGAUAGUUUUAUCUUGUGUAAAUGAUGUUAUGCAUUUCAUUUGUCAAGCAGAUGACGAAGUUUAG